CGCCCCGGCCCGGCAGCAGCUCCGCCGGCCCGCCAGGCUCUCCCGGCCCCGCUCCCGGCCCCGCGGGGCGGCCGGGCCGGCGGAGGGAGAGCGGCGGGCCCGGUGCGGCCGCUCUGGGCAGGGCGCGGAGCCCCGGGGCGCAGCCUCUGCGGAGCCUCCGCCCGCUCCGGGCCCGCGGGAGGCGAGAGGGAGCCGAGCCCGGCCCCAGCGACAGCGGCCCCGCUCGCCCAGCCCCGGGCCCGUGGGUGGGGAUGCGGGACCGUCCGCAGCCAGGCGCACCCCGGGCCCCUGCCCUCGCUCCGCACGGUCAGGGGAGAGGGAGCGGUCCGGGCACGGCCGAGGGACAGCGGAGCACGGCCGAGGGACAGCGGGGCACGGCCGAGGGACAGCCGGGCACGGCCGAGGGACAGCGGGACACGGCCGUGGUUCAGCCGGGCACGGCCGAGGGACAGCCGGGCACGGCCGAGGGACAGCGGGGCACGGCCGGGGUUCAGCCGGGCACGGCCGGGGGACAGCGGGGCACGGCCGAGGGACAGCGGAGCACGGCCGAGGGACAGCGGGGCACGGCCGAGGGACAGCGGGGCACGGCCGAGGGUUCAGCCGGGCACGGCCGUGGGUUGAGCCAGGCACGGCCGAGGUUCAGCCGGGCACGGCCCGUCCCCACGGGGCUGCCCCGCGGGCCGGCACCGCCCACGCGCGCUCCUCCCACCCCGCUCCCCAUCGCUGCCCGGAGCAUCCCCGGCACGUCCCGCCGGGCCCGCGGCCACCGGCUCCGGCCCACGCGUGUCCCGCCCGCCCCUCUGCUCUCUCGGCCUCGGGAAGCGAGCGGCGGAUCCUGCCCCGGCCGCUGCCGCCGGGAUUUCGCAGCCCCGCUCCCCGGGCUAGCUGGGGGUACCAGGGCGGGGCCCCCCAGCCUCCCCCGGCCCAGCCGCUCCCGGGCGGGCGGAAGCCGCGGAGGUUUCUAUUCAGGACGUAGGCACAAUGGGGAAACAAAACCCCAUUUUCCCUUUUUUUUUUCGUGCGUGCCACCUCCCAAGAAGGAGAGGAUUAGGGCUGCUAGUCCCCUGCACACGCGGGGAUGGGUUCCCUGCCUCUCCCCGGCCGGGCUCUCCCUCAGCCCCGCUCCCCUCGCUGGCCCUCAGCAACCGAGCACAGUGAGGAACCCAUCUCACAGCACCUCGGGAAAACCGUGGGUUUGCCCUUUAUUCCGCUGAGGGGAAACUAGGAACGAAGAGAUAAAUGUCAGGUCGAUUUCGUAAUUUUUUCAUUUAUCUCGUUGUAGAGUGAGGGUAUAAAGC